AUGUGGAUUAUCAACUGGUUCUACGAUGUCCUGGCCUCCCUAGGACUUCUUAAUAAACAUGCCAAGCUCUUGUUCCUCGGCCUAGACAACGCCGGCAAAACGACCCUACUAUACAUGCUAAAGAAUGACCGGGUAGCAGUUUUGCAGCCCACCGCCCACCCAACGUCAGAGGAACUCGCCAUUGGUAACAAUCGAUUCACCACUUUUGACCUCGGCGGCCAUCAACAAGCCCGCCGUCUAUGGAAGGAUUACUUCCCCGAAGUCAGCGGCAUCGUCUUCAUAGUCGAUGCUGUAGACGAAGAGCGAUUUCCCGAAGCCAAGGCCGAAUUAAGCGCACUACUGGCGAUGGAAGAGCUCUCCAAGAUUCCAUUUUUGGUACUGGGAAACAAGAUUGAUCAUCCGGAGGCUAAAAGUGAACAAGACCUUCGUAUCCAGUUGGAUCUCCCCGAAGGAGUUACGACGGGAAAGGGCAAGGUUCCUCUCGAGGGUAUUCGACCUAUUGAAGUUUUCAUGUGCAGUAUUAUCAUGAGACAGGGAUACGGCGAGGGAAUCAGAUGGCUCGCACAAUACGUUUAA